AUGUCUACUUUAAACUCAACACUCUUGCGCUCAGGAUGUCAGCACCUCAGGACGAGUAGAUCACAGCCUGCAUGGAUACUCUUGCGUCAGACUAUGCCCUCCAAGUCUGCGGACGCCUCACGGUCGAGGUUUUUAACCACUAUAAACACGAGUACCACCGCCUCUGCUUCUACUUCGGAUCAACACAACAGCAUUACGGCCACUAGAUCUUUUACAGGUGCAAAGCCUCCUGUCGCCAGCACGCCUCUCCAGGAUGCCUUUAAACACCAUGAUAUUCUACAAGAAGCCAAGAAACGGUGGGGGUUUGAUUCGCCCAAGUCGACAAGUUCAGGGCGCAUGGUCGGAGUAAUCUAUCCGAAAGGCCGAGAAGAGAUUGCAGAUUUGACACACAGGAUGGUGCAAGACAGAGUUCUGGGCGGACAUACUGGACAACGACAAGUACAGGAGAAACACAGCAACAAUGCGUACGGCACUUCAGUGACGACAAAAGCACAAACGACCACUUCUCAAUUGAACAAGGCACCAGUCGCAGCGAUUUCAACAUCACCAAACCCACAUUUCCAUAAAGCGCCACGAGAUGCGGACAGGAUAGCGACUGAGGUGCCUCUGUGGAGGAAGCAUCGACAGGCGAUCAAGGCCAAGACUGGAGGACAAGCAUGGAACCCACAGAGAAAGCUCACUCGACAGGCCAUGGAAGAGGUCCGAUACCUCCGGAAACAGUUCCCAGAAGAAUGGACAACAGCAAAACUCGCAGACCAUUUCAAUGUUGCAGGAGAAUCAAUCGCCAAGAUUCUAAGGACUCACUAUCAGCCUACCCCGGAGCGAUCAACACAACAGGAUGAGGUUCGACAACGGCGCCGCAAGGAAAACAUCUCUGCCGAUAUCGAGAGGAUUAGAGCGGAACGUCAGGUCACGUGGACUGCACACAAGACGGAGCGGAAAACUACUUGGCUCAAACAGAAGACCGAACGACGUGCUGCCCAGGUUGCAGAAAAGGCUGAGCUCACAUCGCAUGCUGAAGGCUCACGGCAUCAUCAGUUGAACGAGACCAUGACUUUGGAUGAUUACGAACGUAUUAAAAACGACCGACACACGGCUUGGCUGGCGCGCCAGGCUGAACGUAAGCGUGCAAAUGCCGAAUCACCUAUCCAGAUCAAACUUGGAGCACCCACAAGGAAAUAA